UUAUUAUUAUUAAUUAUACAGUCCAACAAAUAAUAAUAAAAUAGAACGUAAAACCAUGGUCCAAGACUGACUGGGAGACUGUCAUGCAAACUUGUCCAUCUUGACCGUAGACCUUCGGUUCUGUCUGCCUGCCUGCCUGCCUGCCUGCCUGCCUGCCUGCCUGCCUGUCCUUUUCUAUUUCUUCUACAUCAUCCCACAUCUGAUUCAUGUUCUCUUCUUCUUCUUCUUCUUCUUCUUCAUGGACUUGUCACAGGGCCCUUGCCUGACAACUCUCGUAGUCUUUGAAAAUACCAUCAACAAAGAGUUGAUCAGAAGCUUGCAUGUAUACCGAUUGGAGAAUGGAGAGGAAAAUGAGGUUGAGAGAGAGUUUGUGUUCAGAAAAGAUGGCCCCUACGUGGAAACUGCAGCAGCCCCUCUUCUUCUAUUGCAGGGGGUACCAGCCCACGAGCUUUUCGAAGGCAGAGUUAUCGGUUUGUGGCUCUGCUCUUUUGCUUUUCAUAUCCACCGUCUUCCACGUUUCUUCUUCAUUCCUUCUUUACUCUCCAUUUCCAGAAACCCGAAGUUGAAGUCUAUCCCGACACUUGCAAAUGAUCUUCAAUUGAUUUUCCAGAGGGGAUGUGGCACCGAAGAUAGAGGACCAUCUAGGGAGUUAUCUAAGGAAACUUGUACGAGGGAUGGAGAUAAUCAUUACCACUUGAAAAGAAGUCUUCUUGUACUUGAUCAGGAUCUUAAUUGCCUCCCUAAUUCAGGCGCUACUUCUGAGUUAUUGAAAUCUCGACAAACCGAACAAAAUGCAACAGGUGUUGCAGUGAAAAAGAAAAAAAGAGCUGACUCUAAGGAUGUAGCCAGAAUUGCUCUUGAAGAUCUUGCAAAAUACUUCGAUCUUCCUAUAGUGGAAGCUUCUAGAAAUUUGAACGUUGGUCUCACUGUCCUGAAAAGGAAAUGCAGAGAAUUUGGUAUUCCUCGCUGGCCUCACAGGAAGAUCAAGUCCCUUGAUGGUCUAAUUCGUGAUCUCCAGGAAGAGGCAGAGCAGCGGCAGCAAGACGAGGCUGCAGCCUAUGCUGUAGCAAAGAGGCGAAUGAUGUUGGAGACAGAGAAAGAAAGUAUAGAGAAGGAACCUUUCAUUGAAUUAAAGAGCGAGACGAAGCGGUUUAGGCAGGACAUUUUCAAGCGAAGACAUAAAGCUAGAGCUCUUAAAAAUUAGCACCUAUCAGUUUUCAGUGAUCAACUUUCUGAACUAGAUGAUUAAUAUAUUUCUUACUUCACCAAGUCCUACUUAAGGACUCUAGUGAGAUAAACACUUCCUUAUGUGAACUUUUUGCCUGGCCAAUAUAGUCACUAGUCACUAUGCUCUAGGACUAUGAGCAAAUGCAUUGUAAAGUUCUCGUUACAGGCUUCAUAUAUGUAUGGGUCCUUUAAGUGGUGCUUAUUUAAAA